ACCAUCAACAUUUUCAGUUGUUUUGUUUCUGAGAGGUGGGUGAGCGAGGGCGUCAUGAUACCCUGUCACGUCGGGUUUAUUUGUUAAAGCAGUAACCCUCGUGCCCUUCGUCUAAUCGCCCUUAGGGCCUGGCAGUAAAGGCUCCCCAUACCCAGGAAGCUGUAGAUUGGUCAAGUGGCGAAUAAUUUUCAUUGAGGAUAUCCAGGUAGUAGUACCCAAUCAGGGGGUGCUGGCGCCUCCCCCAGUUCAGUACAGCUGAAGGAGGGGUAUUGGUUAUGCUACCGGAGGCCUUGUAAAAUAAGCUGACCACUUUGUCUCACAAAGAAGAAGGGCGUUCCUCUUGGACUGGCCUAGCAAGAGGAACCAGGCCGCCCUGGUCGCCAUUCGUCGGAGGUGCAGGCGCCUUCUGACAAAAAGAAUGUUGUACCUCCUCCUUUGGAUUCUGAUGGAGGUGAAACACUUGCUUGAAGGGCAAGACCGUUAUCAACUGGAAGAACUUCAACUCCUACGGGAUCUCUGGGCCCCUGGUGGUGUGUUGGCUGCCCUGUGGAAUGCCUUCGCUGAUUUCAUUCCAGCUGACCCGUCCGUCGCAACCUCUUGUUACUGGUCUGGAUAUGGAUAUGUUUCAGGAAUCCAUGCCCUGAAAGUUGUGGGGCGAGUUGGAGCGGGCGGGUCGGCGGCAGACCACGUGAUGACCGAGGGCCAAUCAGGUUCUGCUUCGGGUCAACUCACCAAUCAACACGCUGCCCACGAUGACGUCACCCGUAAUAACGGUGACGUCACGGCCCGAGACAACCAAUCCGACAACACCGCCAGCUUAAUUAGCCAAGCCACCGACAUAGAGUUCGAACACGAAACUGCAGAUUACCAGUGGCUCCUUGACUAUGACCUGCCAUGCGCUAGGUACCGUGAGAGUUACAGCCGAGAGGUGGGGUCAGCGUCUAUGUGCUCGGGACGGGAUGGGUCAGGCCGGGUGUCAGUGCUUGAACCAAGUCAAGGCCAGUUACAAGACCUUUCUUAUGAAACACUGGCCAGGAAUCUCGAUGCAAAUCUUGCCGAGAUCGACAUGGAUGACUUCCGGAGUGAAGACAUCCAUAACAUCCUUACACUUCCCACAAUGUGUGGAGAGUUCCAGAGUGCUGAAGAUGGGGAGAUGUUUGCUAGUGUUUCAGGAUCCAUGAUGGACAGAUAUGAUCUUGAGUCCUCAGUAAGUCCACACACUUCUUCCCACUGUGAUAGAGAGGAAGAAGGUGAAGAAGAUGAUGAUGAUGAGAACAAUGAAGGUGACAGAAAAGAAGUGGAUGAAGUAGAGGAAGAGGAGUAUAGUGGAGUUAGUGGAGAAUUGUCCCUGUAUCAGUCAGGGCCAUUAUUUUCACCAUUAAAAGAACCCCCUCCUCUAGCCAACACCACUUUCAGUGUUGAUUCCCUGGACUGUGAUUCCCUCCAUGAUGACCUCAUUCUCACCUGCCAGGCCAACAAAGACAAUUACACCAUAGCAUUUGAAGGUUCUUUCAUACAUUAUUCAGAAGACUCGGAUUACCAUGAAGCAGGUGAAAGUGAAUCCAGUGGUAGCAGCCACUGGUCAGCAGAAAGACUGGAAGGACGAUGUUCUGCACCCUCCAUGACACAUUCUGACCAACCGUACACUACCUGGUCACGUGUCAGUCGGAGAUCCUCUCGUACACCAGAGGUGCCUUCCAGGGCCUGUCAACCUAAUCAGAAUGGAAGCCAGUUAGAGGCUCCCAAGUUAGAAGGACAGUCUCAACCAAGCAGUAAGAGCAACAGUAUGCCUAACUUAAUGCGUCGUUCUCUAAUGCGUCGUUCACUGGAGGCAGCAGCUGGCUGUGUAAAGGUUUAUGAUUUGCAGAAUAGCAUGCGCUCAAGUCAGAGUAGUAGAACUGUGGCAAAUGAAACUAAUAAUUUCUCUUUGGUUAAGCUGUUUAUGCGACAAAAAAGCCUAAGUAAAGAAGCAGUCAGUUUGUCUUCUAGCAUAUCACAGGAAGGUGCCUGUUGUUCAAGCUCUGACAACCAAUCAAAUGUACAUGAUUCCUCAGACUGGCCCAUGAAUAGUCAGUCAGAGAAUGACAUGGAUGGAAGUGCCUCCCCUGUACCACCACCUGUCCUUAUGAGACAAAAUGGUGUCAUCUACCAUGACCGAGGUUUCAGACGAAGGACGAGUUCUUUAGGGGCUCCAGAAAUCACUCCCCGGACUAAUACUUCUGGGAAUCAAGAUUUUACCUCUCAAGAUACAGCAGGUGACUCAACCUUGACCUCAGGUAAUACACAACAGGACGGCCUUCUCAAUAACAACAAUAAUAUCAUCACUGCUGGUAAUUUACUUGAUAACAACACAGUUCAGUUUUCAAAUAACAUGGACAAUGUCACUAGUUUUGAGGACAGUUUAAAGGAGACAAGUCCUUGUUCCAAGCCACCUGUCACCAGUCCUAUUAGAGAGGAACCUGAAGGUAUGGAUAUUUCAAUGGACAGUAGAGGAGAGAGUAAAGUCUUACUUGAUCAGUCAGAGAAAGAGACAAAAAUGCAUGACGUCCUGAGAUUACGAGAUAACAAACUUAAUGCUGAGAAAAAUAACAUGACACCAGUGAAGAGCAUGGCGAAGGAUGUUGGAAAUAAAAAUAUUAACAAGAAUGCCUUUAAAUUUCGAGUAGAUGAGCGAAAGAGAUCACAGUCACCAGGAACACCAAAAAAAGGAAAUACCAGAAGAGAGAGCACAAACACUAGCACUCGCAGACGUCAGGAUUCUGGUAAUUCCUCUAGUGGUUAUAUUUCGAACCGUGGCUCCACAGAAAAAAUUAGGCAACCUUCAGAUUCUGAGCAAACACCCCAGAAACCUCGACCAAAGCCACGGGUUCUCAAGCAGAUGUCAGACCAGUGCCUUCAGACCUCGAGUUUGAAGGUUUCAGCUAUGGUGAACACAAGUUUUGACCUUGAUAAAAAGGAGGUGUACAUCUACUACCCAAACUAUGCAUUGCCUGAUCUGGGCUUCCUGAAAGAUAAAAAGUACAAUGUUGAUGCCAGAGUUUUUCUUGUACCUCAACAUUUUGUUUCUCGACCAGAAGAGAUAAGAAAAGCCAGAGAAGCUCGAGCAAGACGACCAUUCUCUUGUGGUGACAUGGAAAAACUACGGAAACAUGGAUUUGGCCACAUUAGGGACUGGGAAUCUCUCAACUUUUUGUUACCAAAAGAGCUGAAAGAAAUGCUUCUUGAUGAGACAGAUUGUAUGGAAACAACAAAGCCAUCAUUUUGUCAGUCUCCUAAACCCACUCGCCGACCAGUUAGUUGUGAUUACACACCACAACGAUAUGCAAAUGAUAUGAAGGGCUCUUCAAGCAGCUUGAAUUCAACACAGCCAUCCUCAGGUUUCAGAGGUUCCUCAACAAUGCUCAAUGAUUCAGAAAUGGAGAGUGGAGGUUUAGAUCAAAAAUAUCUGUAUAAAUAUGAAAGUGUCAGUGCAGAGUCUGAAGGAAUUGACAAACCACCACCACUGCCAAAGAGAUCCAUCUCUCUUCCUGUGGAAGAGAGAGCAGGUCCUGAGGAUUUAGAUACUCCACCACCCAGACCACCACUGCCUCGUGGAAUACUUCGUAAAUCUACGUCAUUAAAAGAUGACCCAAAAGGUGCAGGUGGACACAAUAAAAGAUACAGUGCUAUAGAUCCUGGUAGAGGUAAUAUGAGAGAAGACCUUUUAAAAAGAAGGUCUUUACAAGAGCCAAUGGAAUACAUGGCCCAGCGUGCUGCAAGAGAAACUAUUCCAGAAGUGCUUCAGACUAACACUGAGCCAGAAAAUGAUAAAGAAAUCACAACUAGCCCAUUGUCACCUAUGGGUUGCAGUUGCGUGAGUACCCAGUGUACUGGCUUUUGUGGGAAGGGACUUCAGAAAAAGAAUUUGUUACGUGUCAGUGAACUUCCAGACGUGUCCAGCCAUGAGGAGCUUACAGAAGAGGACCUACUAAGAAUUCGCUCUCAAGUUAGUACACUCCUAGUCACCAGAGGAAAUGUUGGUCCUAUCUUGACAGAUGUUAACAAUGCCUGCGACAUCUGCCCGAAGAAGAGUGUUAGCUUUGCUGAGAAGCAGGGACAGAAUGCUGAUACAGUCACUACAGGAGAGAAUGAGGGAGACGAAGAAGCUAGACCCAUGGUAUAUGAUGCUCAUGACAAGAAAACUCUUGUACUCUCAGUUCGCAGUGCUGUAGAAAAGCUAGUCACCCAUUUCUCUGCAGCAGCAUCACAACCAGAAAAAGUUAGACUUGGAACAAGUAGUUUGACACCAGCUGUGGCUACCAUAGCCUUAGAAAAACUAUGUCCAGCAAUUUAUGCCCUACUCAGUGAUGGUCUUCAUCCUUCAUUACACUCUCUUUUUGGAAAAAUUAAUAAUUCUGUGUGGAGGGUUAUUGAAGUUACCAGUCAGAUAAAUCCCUCUACAAAAGCACUAAGUGACCUAGUACUAACAUUAAACAGUGAGGAAUGUCUGUCAGAGGGCCCCAUCAAAUUUAAUGCCUUCAUCUUUGGUCUACUGAACAUUAGAUCCUUGGAUUCCUGGUUAAGCUAUAUAAGGACAAGAGAAAGCUUAAUCCAGAAGCACUACCAUCCAGAGGCCUUCCUCUACUUGUCUAAUACUGCCACAAAGACACUUUAUGAUGAUCUGCUAUUAGCUCUACGACCACUAACCAUGCUUCCAUUUAAUUUAGACCUUUUACAUGAAUAUAAAGCAUUACAUGCCAGUCUACAGAAAAUGGAAGAAAGACUUUUGCUGCACACAAGUUCUAAAGAAAGCCCUGGAGAAAGGCCACCUUCAGUUUUAGAUCAUUUGCUUGCUUCAAAGGAAACCAAAGAGUUCAAAAAUGCUGCACAGCAAGAUCGUGUCAAAGCCUUAAUGAGAGUACUUACUUCUCCUGAUCUAGAUGAAAAUGAGUUACUGAACUCUACAUCAGAACCAGGUAGAGAGCGUAGCAGGAGCCCCAGACCCAGAUCUUGUUAUGAACAUGUAGCUAAUGAAGAAUCCAAUCCUACUCUGAAGAAACGAUGGAGUGGAGUUCAGUUAGGUUCCAGACUACUCACUGCCAUAGACAAAUUAAUGUUAGAAGAGGCAGGAGGAACAUCAAGUGAAGAUUAUACAGAUUCCAUUGAUAACCCCAAAAAUAACAGACCUGUUUAUUCAAGACAAAGUGAACAUUCAGAAGAUGAAGUCCCAUCAGAUCUCAGAAUAAGUGACGUAUCUAGCAGAGAUGGAGAUGUAAGUGAGAGGUCUGCAUCUGAGAAAGACACUGAAAAUGAGAAGGGCUCACGAGCUUGUGCAAAUACUGAGGAGGAUGAUGAACCAGAGGGUGUUAGGUUCCGUCGUUUGCAGUUAAAAUGGGAACAGAUGGCAGGACCUGAAAAGAUGAAGAAGCCACAGUCUCUUCAGCAGCCACAGCCUUCACCUCCUCCACCUCCUCCUGAGAAAGCUAUAAGUCCCAGCAGUGGUACCAGAUCAAGAAUACCACGUCCAGUCAGUAUGACCUCCCCACAGAGACCAUUUAAGCCUUUUGACCCAUCUAAAGAAAAGACCUCCCCUCAGGUUAAGCAAGCACCCAAGCCUAUUGCUGCUAUCCCCAAAGAAUUACCCAAACCAGCACCUAGACGGUCUUUGAAAGACAAGGCAACUACUCCAAAUACCACAAAUGAAGAGCCUCUCAAUGCUGCACGCCCUCCUUCAGUCCGCUCCCGUUUGGCACCUCGCCCCAGUUCGGUCAACUCCAACAACACAACUGUUCGAGCCUCGUCUGUGCCCGGUCGUGUUCCAAAUAACGGCGACAAAGGCAACAGCAGUAAUGGCAGGUAUGAUGGACAACGUAGGUAUGGUGGACAGCAGCGAUCAGCAAGCCAUGGGAGACGAGUGGCACCUGGAGAUAUGCCCAAACUGGUGCAGACACUCCACCAUCGCUUAGCUACAGAUAAUGGUCAUCUUAGCUUCAACCGUGGAGAUAUUCUUACACUGGUAGUUGAAGUGGAUGAUCGAUACCUGCUCUGCUGCCACAAUGACCGUAAAGGACUCGUUCCAAGAGCCUCUGUCAUUGUUUAUGAACAAUGAGAAUAGUCAUGGAAAGAAUGGAACAACACUUUUGGAACACGCUGUUGCUAAUACUGUAAUAUUAAUCAAAUACCGAGACAUGCCAGUAAAUAAUAGAUUAAUAAGAAAGUUAACUGCUACUCCAUCAUGCAACUAAUACUUAUAAAGGACCUGUACAGGAUUUCCAGAACUAGUAUGUAUCCACUUGGUGCACAUAAUCCUUCCUGUCUUUUUCUCACAAAUUUUUUAAACUUACAGUUCAAAAUUUUAUCUUGACCUAUUCAAAGCUGAUACUGUAAAAACAAAGCUAUAAAUCAGGCAGAUAUUCUGUUACAAAAGGAUCAUAAGUCUUAGUCUUCAUGGAAGCAUGUUUUGGAGAGAAUGUAUUUGUGUAAUCAUCAUCCACUAAUUACAUCCUUCAAAUAUCCUCUACCUCAUUGUUUGUCUUUGCUCAUGUUAAGCAUGUCAGAUGCCAAGUGUGAAUGGAAAGCCCCUCAUCUGGAGGUCACUAUGCAGGAAACACUGGAUUUGUCGGACAGGUAAGAUGAUGUAUACUUAUGUACACUACCAUGAGUUAUGUUGUUAUUAUUUAUCCUAUUUAGAUAUUCUGUAGGUUAACUUAUCCUCUAGCUUGCCUAAAGCACCAAGAUACCGAACACUCUAGCAUUUAAAUAUUAUUUAACAUAACAUUAGUUCUGGAAGUGACCGUUGAAGUGCCAGUGUUGGUCAUGGUUCAGGAAACAAUGGGAUGUGAAAGGAAGUGGCAUGUGGUUUUAUUUUGCCUAUGUAAUGUAGAUAAAAAAGGCCCAUGCUCGAUUUGGCGUGAAAGCUGGAGUGGUCGGGUAGCACUUUUGAUACUGUUACCCUCAGUGUGCCGGUAAUGAAGCAGCGCCAGCAGCUGUUGGCUCUGAUGGGUUGUAAUAAUGAGAGACUGGCUAGUCCUGCACCCUUUUCACGUAAUCUUUCAACCAAAAUUAUGGUACAUUUGCAGAGUAGCAUUUCACAGUGGCUAAAGAUUAGAAAAUGUGAAGGAUAUAAAUGGAAAAAAGUCUACAAGUUCAAAUGAUGGAAGCAUAUUUGAUGGGUUUGGGGGAACAGCUGCAGGGGUUCUUAAAUUAUUUUAUGUUAUUCUAACUUUUCUAUUUUAUCACAAACGUUUCUUGUUUGUUGCCCAUUUUGUUAUAAAUGAAAUAUCAAUUUAUGCUUUUAUUUUAAUAAUUAAUGUACUUAAUUUCAGUUGACUGCUUCUCUAUUUAAUAAAACUUCCUUAGGUUUUAUUGCUCAUUGCUAAAAGAAUUUCAUUUCCAUCUUUAUUCUGUUGUCUGUCAGCCAGUCCCUCCCGGGGUGUGACACUCACAGUAAGGCCGAGUAUACAAGUUAUACUAUAAGGAACCUUACUAACUGUCUCUCCCACUAGUUGUGUAACCUUCAUCCUACCCUGCAUGUUCCUGGGGCUGUCUUUUGGUGUUCCUUUUUGCUGUUCAUAGCUAGUUGGCUUUUUAUGCACUUGCUCUUCAUCUCUUAGUCAGGGUCUCUUCUUUUCCACAUUCAAGGAAUACUGUAGACAGUCUGCACGUAAGCAAAGGGUUCUGUAUGGUACUGUACUUAGUUCCGAUGUGCCUCAAGGACAGGGAUGUCACAGAAAAGCUGUUGCUGCAGUCACCACUUGUUCACCUGUAAGUAUUAUAAUGUUUGGGCUGAGAAGCUCAGUCAGCUGUAUUCUCCACUCAUGUGCUGUAACUUCUAAGAAUGAGGUGCUGAAGGAUUGUAAGAAUUGGGUGUUAAAAAGAAUCCAUUAAUUUUUAAAACUGUAUACCACAGAAGUUGUAUAUUUUGCUCCAGCACUGUUUUAGUCUUCCAAGAGAGACAGAUGAUUCUUUUAUUUCACAAAAUGUGUAUGAAUUUGGUUUUAGUUAUAGCAAUAUCAGCUUAUCCUUCAUAGCUAUAGAUCUUUAUCUCGUAGAUGUGGUCCUUGUACCCUGUGUUGCGGUAGUUCUCGUGUAGGUACCCUUCCUUUGUUGCGAUCAAUUCACACAAGUUGUAACAUGUUUAUUUUUCUCUCCCUGGCUCUGUAGGUCAAGUUUUGAGAGUAGCUAGUACUUCUGUGUUUCUUAUAUUGUGAUGUAUAGAUACCAAUGAAAGUGUAAUAUUAUGUACUAAGGUUUUUUUCUUAAAAUUCAUGUACCCAAAGUGAUAGGUGCAUCAUUUCUGUACAUUUUUGAGAGCUUUAUUAUUUCUGUUCUAAUUUUGUCCUAUAUGAUUAGGGCUAAAAUAAAGUCAAAUUAAAGAUUUGAGUAUAAUGGAGGUGCCUAAGUCUUUAUUUCAAUAUAUUUUUUGUAACCAAAGACAAAGCCACUUUGUACAUUUAUGUAGAUUGUAUAGAUUGGUUUGUAGAUACUGUAUUACCAAAAGAAAUAAAAUUUGGUUAAAGCUUUAGUGUAAUGUAAUAUACUGUAUUGAGUUAAUUGAUACUACUGAUAAUCAUUACAAAUUUUGCCAGUACUCAUCGGACAGUCAUGGCAGCAGAUACAUAGGACUGGGGAUAUGGAAAUGAAGUAGGCUCUGUUCAAGCCAGUAUUUUAAUCACAAUUUAUAAUGCAUAUACAAGUAAGUUUUGAAAUGAGUAAGACUUUUUAUUAUAUGAUGUAAAUCAUGCCUGUAAAAAGGACAAUAAAUAUUGAUGAAAACAGAGCCAUGACUUUCAAAGGGUUCAGCUGUGAUCUAAGCACUGGAAGAGUUCUAGGAGAUGGUUUCAUAAUGAAUAUGCAAAGGUCUAGUGUUCGGGUCACGGAUGCUGAUAGCUUCACUAUUAUGCAUGUCUCUUGUCUGUCUGCUGACGAAAACAGCAUUUGGUUUACAAAACACUGCUCUAUUAAUAUGGUGAAUAAAAAAUUGGUCAGAUAAUAAA